CGAAAAGACAUGCUGCAUUAACUGAAUCCACCAAUGCCAAUACUUUUUCUGCGAAUAUAGUCAGUUAUGCCAAACAUGUUGAACAAGGGCUACAAAUAGCUUCCAAGCACUCAGAUCUAGACCCGCACCCAGCUUGUGAGUGAGGAGAAAGCGAAGCAUAAAUAUCGCGAAAUGCCCUCUCAGAAUCCCAUCCCACCACUCAACAGCAUCAUCCCAUCACCAUACCAACCAACCAAGAAAAACUAGCUCAACGCACUCCACCCCAAAAUGAAGACCUCGACCAUCCUCGCCAUCCUGGGAGCCGCCUCCUGCGCCGUCGCCAUCCGCUGUACCCAGGGCCUGACCUACUGCGGCACCUCCUUGGUCAAGAAGGGCAACUACACCCGCGACAUGCAAAACGCCCUCCAGCGCGAGAGCAUCAGCACCUCCUCCCACGACCUCCUCGACUCCUUGUAUCUGUGCACCAUCGACGAGGACUACUUGAUCUGGCGACAGACCUGCCGUCGUGGUGCGUGCCAGGAUAACGGGACCAACCGGGACGAUACCUGUAUUGGGACUGCGGAGCAGUCGCAGGACGAGCGGCAGCAGGAAGAGGCUCAGGAUCAGGAUCUGUUUGGUCAGACUCAGACUCAGAAUGCGGUGCCUACUAUGACUUUUUAGGGGACGCGGUGUCUGGUUUGCUGUGCGUGUGGGUGGGGUGAGGACGAAGGGAAAAGAUGGGCAGUGUUGUUCGUUCGUUUGUUUUUUUGGUUCAGUGUGAUUACUGGUUGUUAGUGUGGAUGAG